UUCAAACUUUUCUUCGGUCAGAUUUGUUGCGAUACAGAUAAUUCAUCCUUUGGUGUGAAUGAUCAUGGCUGUCCCGGAAAAUGCUGAUGUGAAAGUGGACUCUUCUGAACAAAAUCUAGACAACAACACUGCUUCAUUAGAAACUACGAUGAUGCCGCCAUCUCCUGAUGAUCAGAACCCUGAAUCCAACUCUUCUGUUGAGACACCAAACUCAACAAAAGGCAGUGAAGGGGAUCUCAAGAGUGAGAUAACUCAGAUGGAUGUUAAGUUUUCUAAACUAAAUCCGAUGGCUAGGGAGUAUGUUCCACAGCCACUUGCUCCAACCCUCCCUGUGUUUGUGGAGAAUAGCUUAUGGUUUACCAACAGUUUCGCAAUGCAACCUGUGUUUGUGGAGAAUAGCUUAUGGUUUACCAACAGUUUCGCAAUGCAAGCUUUCUCUGCUGAGGACAAUGACCUUUUCGAUACAAGGAGAAUGAACUUUGGCCAAUGGAAGCAAAGGAUGAGCAAGAAAACAAGCCUGGCUCAGAAGGAAGAAGUAAUCAGGAGAACUGUCCAUGUCUUAGACAUUGAUCAGCAGGUUACUGAGGAGCAACUUGCUGGUCUCUUUCAAUCAUGUGGGCAGAUUGUUGAUUGUCGUAUAUGCGGUGACAAUAAAUCUAGUCUCCGUCUUGCCUUCAUUGAGUUCGCUGAUGAAGAGGGAGCUAGGUCUGCUGUAAGCCUAUCAGGAACUCUGUUUGGUUCUUAUCCUAUAAAGGUUCGUCUUUCAAAAACAGCUAUUGCACCUGUGGACCCGAGUCUUCUUCCAAAGUCUCAGGAUGAGCGUGAGAAAUGUGCAAAGACUGUUUACUGUACUAAUAUCGACAAGAAGGUCACUCAGAUGGAACUGGAAGAUUUCUUUAAAACAGCAUGUGGGGAGAUUCAGCAUGUGAGGCUUAUUGGAUACUGUCAUCACCAAACCUACAUUGCUUUUGUUGAAUUUAAGCUGGUGGAAAGUGCAGUUUCUGCUCUUAAUUGCAGCGGUAUUGUCUUGGGCGGUCUCCCUUUAUGGGUAAGCCAGUCAAAGACACCAGUGAGGCUAGACCAACCUAAUUUAAACCAAUGUUAACUGCAAACCGAUUCAAAGAGCUCAUCAAUUCAAAGGAGAGAAAGAGCUAUCAAAUGUCAUUUUAAAGAUACUCAGAAGCGUUUUAUGUUCUUAUAAUUAACGAUCCUUUUGUGACUUAACCUCUCAGACUUUCUCCUUCUUCUAUUUGCGUUAUGGACCAAAUUGUUCGGUUUUUUUUUUAUAUAUUCAUGGAUCAUUUUAAGACU